UCGAUUUAUUUUCGGUAUAGAGCUCAGAAAUGAUAGCACUCGCAUGUCGCAUCUAAAAUUAAAAAAUAGAUAGCGGUGUGGAAUGGUAAUGGUAAAAGUCAAAAAGUGCUGCUCUUGUUCAUAGUUCAUCGAAUUUAGCAAAAAUCAAUUAAAUAAAAAUUUUUGUUAUCUGAUCUGAAUUGGUACGGUUCUGGUUCUGAUUCUAAUUCUGGUGCGGUUGAAGUUCAAUCAAAUAAGUUAAAUUAUAGAUUUAAGAAGUGUCGUAGUUAUUCGCCUCGUCGGAUAAAAUGAGUUCAAACAUGAAAUUCACUUCUCGUAUACUGAGCUCGCAGCAAUUGAAAAAGCUGUCCGAGCAUAAAUACUCCUGCUCAAGUACGAGUCUCCUUGAUCCGCUGUUGCAACCCUGGUGGAAUUGGUUGGUGUCAAAAACUCCACUUUGGCUGGCGCCAAAUUUAAUAACUAUUAUUGGAUUAAUUAUAAAUAUUUUAACAACAUUGGUACUAAUAUCAUACAGUCCCGAUGGCACAUCACCUCCACCUCGAUGGACAUGCCUGUUAUGCGCCUUCGGUUUGUUUGUCUAUCAAAGUCUGGAUUCAAUCGAUGGCAAACAAGCCCGUCGCACGAAUACAUCGUCUCCCUUGGGUGAACUGUUCGAUCAUGGUUGCGACUCGAUAUCAACGAUAUUCGUAGCCUUAUCAGCGUGUAUAUCGUGUCAAUUAGGUCAUUUUCCAAAUUGGUUAUUCUUCCAGUGUUUUUGUGCCAUAACGCUUUUCUAUUGUGCCCAUUGGCAGACCUAUGUAUCAGGAACACUUAGAUUUGGCCGAAUCGACGUAACCGAAGCCCAAAUCACUAUUAUGGGAAUUCAUGUAGUUUCAGCUAUAUUUGGUCCAGAAAUAUGGAUUGCUAAGAUACCACUUGUUGGCUGUAAUUGGAAUUAUAUAAUCCUUCUGGGUAUAACGUUUUGUUAUAUUUUGAAUGCAUUUGCAUUUUCGAAAAUGUUCAUUGAAGGCGGAAGCGGGAAAAACGGUUCAUCUGUUGCUGGCACCAGUGUCCUGUCACCGAGCAUACCACUUUCGUUGGUGGUUUUGCCCGCUUUUAUAAUUGCACAAAAAUCACCACAAAGCAUCUUCGAACAACAUUCGUCCUUAUAUAUUCUAGCCUUUGGAAUGGUUGCAGCUAAAGUUACUAAUAAACUUGUGAUAGCUCACAUGACGAAAAGCGAAAUGGAGUACCUGGAUUGGUCACAAUUGGGGCCUGCGUUGUUAUUCCUGAACCAAUACUUCAACUGCGUGGUGCCAGAAAUUUGGCUUCUUUGGUUUACACUAAUUUGGGGAACACAAGAUCUAUUGCGCUAUUGUUCGCAGGUCUGCCUUGAGAUUUGUGAUCAUCUUCACAUUCAACUUUUUAAAAUACCUUACCCACCUAAAGGGCCAUCUACAGUAAGUCAAGGCACAAACCCACCAACAACGAGCCUAAGUAUGGGAUCAGGAGCAGCCCAUGACAAAAACGGUGGAAGCCACCAUCGAAAACAUGCCAAGCAGUCGAGUAAAAAGCAGCUACAACAUAGCAGCAGCGUAGCUCACUAGGGUCUAUUAGCAGUAUAUUAAUAUUAUUAUUUAAAUAGAAAUUUAAUAAUAGUUGGAUAUAAUUGUUCUUUUAUUCACCCUUCAAACUAAUUCUUUCUUUUUUUUCCCUUUUUUCAAUUGUUAUCAUAAAUCCUUAUAUGAUACAGAGUUCUACUACCUUUUUCAAACUAACAACACCUUCCUUCAGCCAACCUGUUAUCUUUUGACUUCCUUGUACAUCAUCAAGACCCAGAGUGUUAUUUUGUUUUUAAGAUGAUUUGUAUGUGUGUUAAAUAGAAUCAAUAAAUAUUAGAAUAUAGAAAUAAAGUAAUAAAUUGAUUGAUGUGUGUACAAUUAAAUAAACAAAAAAAAUAUAUAUAUAAAAAGAAAAACAGAAUAGCCAAGAGGUUUGCUUUUUAGAGAAGCUUAAAACAUAGAACAUUUGCUAAGCGAAUUAUCAUCUAUAGAAUACCUAGUUCUUUGAAUUCAGUUCUUAUUUUCUUUGAACAUAUGAUUUGGAAAAAUAAUAACAAACAUGAUAUGUAUAAUUUUUAAAGAAUUAUAAAGGAAAAUAUGAAUACAAAAUAAAAACAAUUGUAGUGUAAUGUCUGUUAUGUAAUACAUAAUCAAUAAUCAUUGUUCCUUUUUAUUUCAAAAAUAUCAAAUUGUGAAUUUCUAUUUUUUCUUUGUAUUUAUAUAAAUUAUGUUGCAAACAAAAACUGAAACUU